GAUGACAUAUUGAUGAUAUUUCGGAAAAUGUUAACCGUUGAGUUUAACGGACUUCGCCUUCUGAAGAGACUUUCAGCCGCAGUGUAUAGAAAGCGGAACGUUGGUUCUGCUGCCGAACACAUGGGGCAAUCGAAAGUUUUGGCAGACGACGGUCACCACAUGUGGGUUGGGGAGGGGGGCAGUGGGUCAGGUAUGCCGCACACUCCUGUGAUGGUCCGAGAGGUUUUGGACUGUCUGGACCCUCAGCCGGGACAGGUGUAUGUUGAUAUGACGUUUGGUGCUGGAGGGCACACAAAGGCCAUCCUCGCAGCACAACCAGACACCGUGGUGUAUGCAAUAGACAGGGACCCAGCUGCACACAACAUGGCACAGAACAUAGCCAAACAGUAUGGCAAAUCCAUCCGCCCUGUGCUGGGGCGCUUCAGUGAGCUGCUGUACCUGCUGAGUUCCCAGAAUGUGCAGGAGAACACAGUGGAUGGCUUCCUGUUUGAUGUGGGAGCCUCUUCCAUGCAGUUUGACCAGGGCGGGCGAGGGUUCUCUCUGAGCCAGGACGGACCACUGGACAUGCGUAUGGAUGGGGAGAGAUUUGGAAACAAGCAGCCCACAGCAGCAGAUGUGGUGAACUCUCUGGGUGAGGAUGAUCUGUAUGGCAUCAUCAAGACAUAUGCCCACGCCCCUGACAGGCACCAGGUCCUGAAUGUUGACAAAUCACCCCUGGAUGCCCCCAGGGACAGGAAUUGCCCUGAGUGAUGAUAACAGAAUACCAAGUGAGCACUUGGGCAGACUGCCAGCAUUUACAGGGCUAAUAAGGGGGGAGGGAAAAGUAGGUAAUAAAACUGACAUGCUGGCAGCUAGCAGAUUAGUCAAGCCAAUGAGAUGAGCAAUGACAUGUAGGUGUUUGUAUAUGGUGGGGCCAGGGGUAGUUGUGCAACUGUAGUUCAUGUUCAUGUACAGUCUGAAAAGGUUGACAUGUCUGCAUGGAUACUGAUUUGUUGGGGGU